UCCUGCUCUGGUUUCCUUCCACAAGUCCAAAGACAUACAGUCAGGUGAACUGGAGCUACUAAAGUCCCCCUAGCUAUGAGUGUGUGUUUGAGUGUGUGUGUUUGCCCUGUGAUGGACUGGCAACCUCUGUAGGUUGUUUUCUGCCUUUCACCCAGUGAGUCAGGACCCACCGUGACCCUGAGCGGGAUCAAGUGGAGGUGAAACAGACCAUGAAUGAAUGAAUGAAUGAAAGUGUGUGUAAUUCACCUGUGUGUGUGUGUGUUGUGCUUUUCCUGCAGAAUGUGGAGUACAUGUUUGGCAUCGUCGGCGUGCCCAUUAUUGAGGUCGCCAUGGCAGCCCAGGCUGCUGGCAUCAAAUAUGUGGGCAUGCGUAAUGAACAGGCGGCAUGCUACGCUGCAUCAGCGGUUGGAUAUUUGACGGGACGUCCGGCCGUGUGUCUGGUCGUGUCGGGACCGGGACUGAUCCACGCGCUCGGCGGAAUGGCUAACGCUAACAUGAACUGCUGGCCUGUGAUCGUCAUCGGCGGGUCGUCUGAUCGGAACCAGGAGACGACCGGAGCCUUUCAGGAAUUCCCUCAGGUGGAAGCCUGUCGUCUUUACAGCAAGUUCUCCGCUCGGCCGGGCAACCUGACCAUGAUCCCUGCCGUGGUGGAAAAGGCAGUACGCAGCAGUAUGUACGGCCGUCCCGGAGCGUGCUACAUAGACAUUCCUGGAGACAUGGUGAAUGCCAGCGUGGACCUGAAAAGUGUCAGGUUUCCGUGCUGCUGUCCUCCUCCUCCCGGCAGCCUGGCCAGCGACUCGGAGAUCUUGAAAGCGGCGGCAGUGCUGAAGCGGGCUCACAGACCGCUGCUCGUCAUCGGGAAAGGUGCAGCCUAUGGCCGGGCAGAGGAUGAGCUUAAAGAGCUGGUGGAACUUACUGGGUUGCCCUUCCUGCCCACUCCGAUGGGGAAAGGAGUUCUUCCUGACGACCAUCCGAACUGUGUGGCCGCCGCCCGCUCCAGAGCUCUGCUGGAGGCCGAUGUGAUCGUGCUGCUGGGCGCCAGACUCAACUGGAUGCUGCACUUUGGUCUCCCUCCCAGAUUCAACCCCCAUGUUAAAAUAAUUCAGGUGGACGUAUGUGCCGAGGAGAUGAGCAACAACGUGAGCGCCACAGCAGCCCUGCUGGGAGACGUCCGGGCCGUCGUCACCCAGCUGACCGAACGCUUGAGAUCGGACGCGUGGGCGUACCCGGUGGGCGCAGAAUGGUGGUCCGCGCUGAGAGAAAAGAUGGCUUCCAACGCUCAGAUAUCCAAGGCGCUCGCUCUCCGCCCCACGCUGCCCAUGAACUACUACACCGCCUUCCACCACAUCGCCCAGCUCCUGCCCAGGGACUGCAUCAUCGUCAGCGAGGGCGCCAACACCAUGGACAUCGGGCGCACCAUGCUGCUCAAUCACCUCCCCAGACACAGGCUGGACGCGGGAACGUUCGGCACCAUGGGGGUGGGACCCGGCUUCGCCAUCGCGGCCGCAGUACUGGAGCAGGCCCGGCGCGGGACCAAGAGAGUGGUGUGUGUGGAGGGGGACAGUGCGUUCGGGUUCUCGGGGAUGGAGGUCGAGACCAUGUGCAGGUAUAAGCUGCCGGUCAUCAUCAUCGUCAUCAACAACAACGGCAUCUACAGCGGCGUGAACGCAGAGACGUGGAGAGAAAUGGAGAAGAUGGGAGACAUGACCGCUAUCGCUCCUCCGGUAACGCUCCUCCCCGAGGCGCGCUACGAGCAGGUCAUGUGUGCGUUCGGGGGCCGCGGUUAUCUGGCGAGGACGGUGGAGGAACUGCGCCACGCCCUGCAGCGAAGCCUGAGCGACACGACCGCGCCCAGUUUAAUCAACGUCCUCAUAGAUCCGGCCAGCGACCGGAAACAGCAGGACUUUCCCUGGCUGACCCGCUCCAAUCUGUAAGCUGGACGGCAGGACGAUCAAUAUCCUGCGAUACUUUCCCUCCCUCAGACCGUCGGAGCUGACCACUGGCUGGACGCCCUCGUCUCUCAUCCACCUCUUACGAUAAUUAAAAGCACAGAAUGUCUCCUGAUGAGAAAGUGCUGAUUCCACAGAGCUCCGGGGAUCCGUCUUCAUCCAGGAUGUAGAUCAGGGCCCACUGCAGCACAGCACGGUCCACCCGCGUCACCCUGUGGACCCUGGUCACUUUUGGGAAAUGUUUGUCUUUAAUUAACCAGAAGUAGUUUUGUAUUUGUGUAGUUUGUGUGGGCUGAAUAUUGGGGUCUGUGUUUAUAACAGAAUGUAACACUAUACAGGUGAAAUAGCUUCACUAAACUCUAUUUAAUCUGGGUGGAGAUGAACUACAGUAAUUCUAUCAUCUUUUAAAUUAAGGUCGUACCUCUGAGCCAAACUGUCCAACUCUGGGGGGCAAAAUGGACCUGACGGCUUUUGGUGUUUAUUAUAAUUCUGGUUUAUAUUGUAUAAAAAUGAUAAUAAAAAUAUAUAUUGUUAAAAAUAA